CACAGCUUCUUGUUCGCUGCUGUGGACAGAUUCGCGACAACAAGGCCGCCAAUAUAUAGGAACCCGGCGACUGGUGCUGCGUCUCGGGCCCUGAGUAUUAAAUGACACCGAUUGAUCGUCUCAGUACUCAACACCGGUGACAAUGGCCAUGCCGUCGCCUUCCCCUCACAAGCCGAGGCGGAAGAUCAAGAAGCCCGGCAAUGGCCUCAACGGCCCCAUAGGCCUCUCCAAGGCGGAAGCUCUCGAUCGAUCACCCGCCUUCCCAUUGUUGGCCUUCUUCUGGCCGGCCCGCAGCUCUGUCUCACAAUGGGAACUCCUGCCUUUGACAUUGAUGGUUGCGGGCCUGUUCAGAUGGGCUGCCAGUCUCUGGGGAUACUCGGGCUUCGGCAAACCGCCCAUGUUCGGAGACUACGAAGCCCAACGGCACUGGAUGGAGGUUACGACACACAUCCCGAUAUCCCAGUGGUACUUCCACGAUCUUCAAUGGUGGGGCCUCGACUACCCGCCUCUGACCGCAUAUCAUAGCUGGUUGUGCGGGAAGAUAGGCUCGGUCUUCGACCCGUCGUGGUUCGAACUCUACACAUCUCGCGGCUCGGAUGACCCGUCGCUGAAGAUAUUCAUGAGGGGCACCGUCAUUAUUUCCGAGUUUCUCAUCUACGUUCCGGCUGCCGUCGUCUUUGUGAGACGAUACAGCAGGCUAAGCGGUGUUGCGACGUGGUCUUCUUCGGUGGCACUGGUUGCAAUCCUCAUGCAGCCGGCAACGAUACUCAUUGACCAUGUGCACUUCCAAUACAACACCGUCAUGCUCGGAUUUGUGCUUGCAAGCAUGUCGAGCAUGCUGGCAGGGAGAUAUAUGUGGGCUUCGGUCUUCUUUGUCGCGGCCCUCGGCUUCAAACAGAUGGCCCUCUACUAUGCCUUCAGUGUCUUCUCUUACCUUCUCGGCAACUGCGUUUUCCCUCGGAUCAACAUCCCUCGCCUCCUAGGCAUAGCUGCAGUCACGGCUGGGUCAUUCGCCAUACUCCUCGCCCCGAUCAUUGCGGGUACCUACUACGACAUCAGUCGUGGCAUCGAUCCUCGACCGGAUCUCGACGGCCCCAAACCACCGUUACCCUUGUUUCCUGGCCUUGCGAAGCAUCUAAACACGGAGGCAUUCUACUUUUCAAUCGUUGAGCAACUGCUGCAAAUGGCCCAUCGAGUAUUCCCCUUCGCCCGGGGCCUCUUUGAAGACAAGGUCGCGAACUUCUGGUGUGCCUUGAACGUGGUGGUUAAACUCAAGGGGUAUUCUCCAGAGCUUCUCCAGAAGGCCGCCUUGGGAGCCACAUUGGCCUCCAUAAUACCACCGAAUGUCAUUCUGUUCUUCCGACCGAAGAAGACGCUCAUACCCCUGGCCUUCGCAGCAACGGCUUGGGGCUUCUUCCUGUUCAGCUAUCAGGUUCACGAGAAGAGCGUGCUCUUGCCAUUAUUGCCUAUGACUAUGCUGCUUGCCGGAAAGCAGGGGCUAGGCAAGGAGGUCAGAGCCUGGGUGGGAUUCGCUAACGUGCUCGGAUGCUGGACCAUGUUCCCGCUGCUGCAGCGCGUGGACCUGCGGGUGCCUUACGCAGUCUUUACGCUGCUGUGGGCGUACCUCCUCGGCCUACCGCCGACGUCGAUCAGUGCGUACUUCCAAGAGGGCACCAGCGUCUGGGCCCAAUGGGGCACUGCAUUGAUCCAUGGCGCCUUCUACUUGGCCAUGGCGCUGUGGCACGUCCUGGAAAUGAACCUGAAGCCGCCAGCGGAUAAGCCGGACCUCUGGGUCGUGACUAACGUGGGCAUCGGGGCUGCUGGGUUUUCCUUGUGUUACUUGUGGUGUCUCUGGCGACUGGCGGUCGAGGGCGAGGUCAUCCCCAAGUCAUGGACGAGGAAGAGUAAAGCAAAGUCGCAGUGAGGCACGUCUUCCAGGGCAGGGCUUUGGUCAUUUGCAUCGGCCGAGGCCAGCUAUUCUGUGUACAUAUGUGUAUUAUAGGGACUCUGCCACUGGCGCCCUCGUUACAUAGUCCAAAGAACGUACUUACUCUAUAUCUACGGAAGUGCUUCUCUCGGCACAGCAUUGAAG